UCCUUUUAGGUACGGUAGCAGUAUUAGAAGUAUAAAGAGUGGUAAUGGACAGCGAAGAAGGGCAGAGAUUAGGUGUUGUUCGGCGGCGGCGGCGGUGGAGAAAGAGAAGCGGCGGGAAGUGUUGAAGAAUGGUGAGGAUGUGUUGGAGAUAUGCAGAGUGUUGAAUGGGAUGUGGCAGACAAGUGGUGGAUGGGGAAGAUUGAUAGAAACGAUGCUGUUGAAGCUAUGCUUAAUUAUGCUGAUUCUGGUCUUUCUACUUUCGACAUGGCUGACCACUAUGGACCUGCCGAAGAUCUUUAUGGCAUCUUCAUUAACAGAGUACGCAGAGAGCGCCCACCAGAAUUGCUAGAAACUGUGAGAGGUCUUACAAAAUGGGUGCCACCACCGGUUAAGAUGACCCGCAGUUUUGUUAGUCAGAGCAUUGAUGUUUCGAGGAAAAGGAUGGAUGUUGCAUCCUUGGACAUGCUUCAAUUUCAUUGGUGGGACUACUCUAAUUCUGGUUACCUAGACGCACUAAAGCAUCUCACAGAUCUAAAAGGAGAAGGCAAGAUUAAGACCAUUGCUCUGACUAAUUUUGACACUGAGAGAUUAAGGAUAAUUCUGGAAAAUGAAAUUCCAGUUGUCAGCAAUCAGGUACAACAUUCAAUUGUUGACAUGCGCCCUCAACAGAAAAUGGCAGAGCUUUGUCAGCUUACAGGAGUCAAACUUAUAACGUAUGGAACAGUAAUGGGAGGGUUAUUAUCUGAAAAGUUCCUUGAUACCAACUUAACGAUACCUUUUGCUGGCCCUGCAUUGAACACUCCUUCACUACAGAAGUACAAAAGGAUGGUUGACGCUUGGGGUGGGUGGAGUCUCUUCCAAGAGUUGCUCAGGACAAUGAAAACUGUGGCCAACAAACAUGGAGUCUCCAUUCCAACAGUUGCUGUGAGAUAUAUACUGGAUCAGCCAGGCGUGGCAGGAUCAAUGAUAGGUGUUAGGCUCGGUCUGUCGCAACACAUUAAAGAUGCCAAUGCUGUGUUUUCUCUUGUUCUUGAUGAAGAGGACGUUAGCAACAUCCUUCAAGUAACAAACAAGGGUAAAGAUCUUCAAAAAGUUAUUGGCGACUGCGGAGAUGAAUACAGGCGUGCUUAGAGCCACAGGGGCAGAUCCACCAUAGAAGCUACCGGUUAUGAUCUAAUUCAUAAAUUUAACAUCCUGGAUCAGCUUAUAUAGAGCCAUAAAAAGGGUCAUUUUUAUUUUUUUCUACAAACUUGUAGAGAAUCUAUGAAAAAAGUCAUAGCAGGCAAUGUUUGGGUAUUGAGUUGUAGAUACUGCAGGCUUUGAAAUUGCAAAACAAGCCUCUGUGUUACUUUUUCUACUAUAUAAUGUAUUGUAAAAGUUUAAUUUUAUAGAAAAGCAAACAUCUUUGUUGAGAUUA